AUGGCUUCCAUCGGAGACCAAUCGGAGUCGAGUGCUUAUCAAAAGCAAGGCAAAGUACAGAAUAAAAAGGCGCCUAAACGGGAACCUGUGUCGAUUGCUGAACUCUGCGUCGGAUGCAUCGUAUGGAUGCCAGAACAAGAGGGUGCCGAAAGUGCCAGGUGCAUUAUGCCUCAUUGUCCCUGCAACCGUUCGGAAUUGGAUGAGAAUGGAUCUGAACAUCAUCUUGUGGUUUUGGAUGUCUUUAAAACGAACAAUGGAGAUGUCAGAUGUCAUGUCGGAAAGGUAACUUCAAAAGUAAGCAAAGCGAAAAACUUUACCGCCCGUAUCAAAAUCCAUCAAGGGCCUGCAGCUUCAUCAACAGAACAACGUGACUUGGACGAUGGAUUAUAUCUCGAAACAGGAGAACUGCGCAAACAAUCUCACGUCUCUUUGGGGCACGUUUAUGAGGUCUCACCCUCACUAUUUAGCACAAAGAAAGGUGUACCUGCGUACGAUAGGAGGCUUUCGGAACAGAGCUAUUACCAUUUGAUGAAAGCUAUGGGGAUACCAGCAGCUAAAUAUGAGCGUACAAGAGACGUGGUGCAAAACGGAGCAACGACGCGCACUUGGAUCGCCGGAACUCAAGCAAAUUUCUACCACGAGACCCUGGAAGCACGAGUUGUUGAUUUACCUAAUGGUGCAUCAUCCAUCGGAACCGCCCAGCGCAUGGCAGCCUUUCAGAAUCAUAUCAGACCUGCUCCCCUCAAUUCCCAACGUCGUCCAACUUCUCCACCUGAGGAUUCACCAACUAGUCAAUCAGGCGUCUCUACAGCAUCAGGACAGAGUCUUGAUGAGAAUCCAAUCUAUGGGAGUCCAAACUAUGGCAGUCCAAACUAUGAGCAGCACAGCCCGCAUGGUAGACCAAUACCGUCUCGUCAAGGAUCAAUACACUCACUGAUGACACACUCGUCCCAUGCCGCAUCAACCACAACGAUGCAUUCCUCACUUAUAUCACCAGGCCAUGACACGAGAUUCACAAAAUUUGACGCUGAUGCCGCUGCCGCUGCCCGCCAGCAGGACGCUUCGAUUCAAAGAGCUAGGGACGAAGCAGAUGCCGCCGCCGAAAGAGAACAGGAAAAUAAAAGAAAAGAGUAUGAACGCCGACAGCGGGAACUUGCAGAAAUAGAAUAUCAACAUCAACAGCAGGAAUUGGCAGACAGAAUUCAAGAGGAAAAGGCAAAAAUAGAACAGAUACGUCUACAGGAAAAAGCACGAAGAGAACAGAUACGUCUACAGGAAGAAGCGCAAAGAGAACGGAUACAUCGAAACUUGAAAGCUCUAGAUGAAGAAGAAAAGCGUCGAAAGGACGAAGCUCUACGAAAACAACAACUGCGUUUACGCGCGGAAAUUGCAGAUACAGAACGUCAACGUCAAAGCAUAGCUUCUCUGGAAGAAGAACAUCGAAUUCGAAGAGAACAACGACGUCGAAGCAGAGAAUCUGUGUCCACUGUGUCCACUGCGUCUACAGAACGUGUACUUCGAACGGAAGCUGCUCGGGCAACGCAGCAUUAUCUUGGAAAGAUAGCUGUUAUGGAACAAGAACACCCACCUCAAAAGGAAUACCUACCACAAAUGGAACCCGCUCCUCUAGGAAGAGAAUAUCUACGACGAGGCGCAGCUCCCUCGGAAAGAGAACAAGCACGUCGACCCGAAUCUACGCGACAAAGCGAUAUCGGAAACGGUAGCACUGCCACUUCUGGCACUUAUUCCUCCAGUUAUUCUAAGUAUACUAAGUAUACCCAAAUAAGUGAGUACACCAGUACUCGCAUCACAAAGUACACUCGAUAUACUACCGAGGUGGUUAUGCACGGUGUUGAGAAUGCUCCUUGGAGAGCUAUGUCUGUGGGCUCGGUGGUCGUGGUAGGUUGCUAUACUUAUUAUUCGGGUAGCUAUGAGACUGGGUUUGAGGCUGCCAAGGGUUUGGCGGGCGGUUUGAGAGCCGUGGCUGGAAUGGCUGGUCGUGUGUUGAAAUCUCUGACGAGAUUGAGGCGAUGA